AUGGAGGAGACCGAUGAAAAAAAAGCGCAGCUGACCGCCUACUACGACAAAGAGAUGGGCGAGCUCAAGGGCGCGCGGGAGGAGUACGCGGCGGUCAUGGGUGGCGCGAACCCCACGUUCGAGGACCUCCAGCGCUUCGUCAAGUUCAAGAAGCAGACGCUCGCCGCCGGGCGGUUCGAGCUGGGCAUCCGCGACCUGACCAUGCAGUUCGAGAAGCCGGUGAUGGGGAGCUUUCCCUACGAGCAGUGGGACGACCGGAAGGCCUGCUGCGUCUGCCCGCCCUGCGCCAUGUGCCCGGGCUACUGCACGUUCCCGUACGAGCUGCCGCUCUGCUGGCCGGCGACGAUCUGCUGCCCGUUCCUGAAGAAGCGGUGCGGGAACAACCCGUGCUGCCUCGUCACGAACCUGUGCAAGCCGCUCAACCCGGUGUGCGCCCGGCCGUGCUUCAUCGCCCACCCGUCCAACUGCUGCAAGUGCCCCUGCAAAUGCCCCGACUGCUGCUGCUGCUGCCGCUGCGAGACGGUCGGCUGCGAACUCGGACCGUGCUGCCACUUCACCUGCACCUGCAUGCCGGCGCAGGGGAACCCCCUGCUCCUCCUCGCUUUCCCCUUCUUAUUCUGUUGCCAGAAGGAGAACAUCACCGACCAGCUCAAGAUCACGCGCCCCGAGGCGGGCGCGAAGGUCCAGACCGAGGGCGGCGCGCCGCACGCGGCCGAGACCGAGCCCGCCGCCAUCGCCGACGCCGUCGCGGCCGAGACGAUGGGCGAGCGCGGAGCCGUCGAGCUCGCCGACGCCGAGUGA